UCUAGCCUCCAAGUCAGUUUUUGUCUCUCAUGUCGAGGUUUCUUUCGUUUGUCCAAUUGCUAGUAUCAGUAAGCUUUCGAUCGACAUCAAUCAAGUCGAUCCGUUUAUUUUCCUUUCCAAAAUAGCUCUGAUCUGUUAUUUGUUCAAGGUUCUUGCAGUGGUCUGUUUCGCAGACGAUCAGCAGUCUUGUCUUGUAACUACACUAUUCCGAACGGCAUCUGCGUUGCAAGAAAAGACGGAGGCAAUAGAAACGGAUGUCAGUGAUCUGAGAGGUGAAUUGGAGCAUGAAAAACAAGAAAGAAUGAAACUGGAGAUCGCCAACGACCAACUGCAAGAAUUCGUCAUUCAGCACCAAGCUGACAACAACCAAACUUCAACAGAAGUAAGGAAAGAAUUGGAACUUGUAAAAAGUCAACUACAGAAUGAAAGCAAUCAAUUUGCUCAGCUGAAGAGCUAUUCCCUGGAAUUGCAGAAGAACGCUGUUCAACUUCAACAAAAUCUAUCAAUUUUGAUGGCAUCUGUUGCUGAACUUCAAAGAAAUCGGUUGGUUAUAAAUGGAACAAUUGAGGCAAUGAAACUGGAAAUCAGUGAUACGAAACAAGAGCUGCAGAGUGAAAAGAUAGAAAGAAUGUCGUUGCAGAACGAGAACGUGGAAUUGCGAGAAAUGAUUUUGGAGCUUCAAUCCGACGUUCUGAGUUUCAACACCACUUCAAAAGAAGUGAGGCAAGAACUAGAUCUUGUGAAAGAGCAAUUGCAAACGGAAAUCCAACAAUCUGCUCAGCUACAGAAUGUCUCGAUGGAAUUGCAAGAAAACGCUUUCCAAAUCCAACAAAACAGUUCUGGUUUGGCAGCAGCUAUUGGUCAACUAAACGUAGAUAUCAACACAACAACAGAGGCUAUAUUACCAGCUCGUUCUUGCCGUCAUAUACGUGAUGUAAACAAUGGUAUUUACUACAUCAAACCCAUUGGUUCUGAAAACUCUUUUCCUGUCUAUUGUGAUAUGUCUAAUGGAGGCUAUACAAUGGUCUAUAAGGCCGUCAGUGGAGUGCAAGGAAACUUAUCAGAUCUGUGGAUUAAUGAGGGAGUUCUCAAUGAGAAGCAAGAGGACGCCUUGAACACAAGCAACGUUUUCAAAGGUCACUAUAAAAACAGAAUCGUCGACCAAUGGAGAGAUUAUAGACCCAAAGAGGUUGUAGUUGUAUUGUACACAGUAGAAGUCGAGGUGCUUCGACUGGUUUUUGAUGGCCACCUGAGCAGCAAGACUGAUUGGUUUAGCCAAGAACGACUUGCUUUCUCUCCAUACGCUGAUUUGAAAACAAGUUCCACCAACUUCUUUUCAAUCGAAGGAGAUGUCACUCGUUAUUGGUUUAUCAAUAAAAACUACGGAGGCUGUUCGGCUGACGCAGGCUGGCUCGUCUUUUACUCUCAUAAUCUGCUUUCAUUUGGUUGUCCUAAUUGGGAUCCACCCAGUGAUUUUGGAAUCAAAUACAGUCGUGCUACAAAUGCUACAAAUUGGGCAACGGGUGAUGUAGGAGAAGCAGACACUUUGGCUGUCUUUGUUGACUAAUUAGGCAAUCACGUGACUUUAUGUCCUGCAUACUUUUCAGCCGAAAAUGCUCAACGUCACAAAAGCAAAGUUCAAUUAAUUAAUAAGCAUUAAAACAAAAAAUACAAGUGUAGUACUUGUUGUAGCUUAGUGCAAUAGCAAUUAUGUCAUGCAACAUCGUAAAGUGAGUGUAUAAGCCUUAUCUGUUGUAGAUCAGCAUCUGCACAUAUAUCGACACGUACAAUCAGCUGAU